AUCCAGUAUCACAGCAGGUCAGCUCACAAUGAGAUCCAGACGGAAUGUCAACCUUUGGUAUUUUGUUCACCUGAAUCUGCAAGCGGUGCGUAUGGUUUACGCAGUUAGUUUUCCUCGUAUUGUCGUAACCCGUGGAGACAGGGCGGUGCUACCAUGUGAAUUCCCAAAAUUUGAUGACUCAUCGCGUCUCCAUAUCGUGUGGACAUUCAGCCCUGAGAGCAGUGGGACACAACCAUUUCAGGUGCUUCAGGUUAUUAUGUACCAGGACGGAAGGGUUAGCAGGACCCCGUGGGGUCUCAGGCAGCGAGUGGCCUUUGUGGGGGACCCUACGCUGAGGGGGACAAUCUCGAUCGAGCGAGUCCGUUCAGCUGAUGCGGGCCUGUAUCAGUGUCUGGUGGUGAAUCCUGCACUCAAUCAUCAGAGUCUCAUCCGUCCCAUGGUGCUGUCCAUACUGGAGUCCCCAUCGACCCCGGUAUGCAGCACGGACGGAGAACUCCACCUGGGAGGAAGCAUCACUCUGACCUGUACAUCCAGCGUGGGUAACCCCCCGCCCCAUUACAGCUGGUGGAAGGAGGAUCCCAGGGGCAACAUCCCCCUCCAUCCGUUCCAAACUGAUGGUGGCGCUGUUGUGCUGCCCAAUGUCACAGUGGAGAGCUCUGGUCUCUAUAUCUGCAUCUCGUCCAAUUCACUCGGUUCAGAGAGUUGUUCUGUCCUCCUCAAAUUAUCCAUCUUCGAGCAGCCGGCGCACACGCUGGCUGUGGGCGUGGCCGUCGCCAUGACGAUGGCGGUGGUCCUGCUGACCCUGGUGGGGUUGGUUCUGUACCUGCACGGGGAGAGCAGGAAGCAGCGAUGGAGAGCGGGGCAGGACGUGCAGGGGCCUGGCGUACCCAGCGUUGGUGAUGCCACACCCAGCCGAGCAGCCGUGAAACAGCUGACCCCCUGA